UUUAUAAUGUACAAAAGAUCAACACAAAGCUUAAAUGAGUCAAAUGUAGAAUUGGUCAAUGAUAUGCCUGCUAUGAUAAAUGAUGUCUCAGAUGAUAAUAUGUGGAAUGAUGGUUGCUUGACUCAAGGACUUGAAGAUCUUUUAUCUAGUGUAGAAGAAAUAAAUAAAGUGGUUGAUGAUAAUUGUGCUAAUGACCCUAUAACAAAUGGCCCAACCGUAUCACAACCAUCAAUUAGAAAUGUAUAUAGUGGUAAAAAAAAAUCAAAAAUGAACAACUUGCAGAAUACUGUUGCUGCCACAAAAUCAUUUGCUGCUAUAAGUAAAAAAAAAACAAAAAUUAAGGCCAAUUAUUAUGAAAAAAAAUUAAUAUUGCUGGAAAGAAUUGCUGCAGCUGAGGAAAAAAAAGCUGAAGCUUUAACGAGUAUUGCUCAAAGUCUGGAAAGUAGAUAUAAAAUUUAACUGCUUGUUAAGCGCUUAUUUAAAAUUGUUUAUUUGUU